GCGCAUGCGUAUAGCGCAUGUAAGCUUAAUUACGCUUCUUUCUCUGCCUUGUGUAUUUUAUUUUCACGAUCUCCCAGUGUAUUCAUUUUUUGAUAUAAUUCAAGUGCAAUUAAUCCAUGUAAAAAUCCAGAAGCAAACAAACAUCUAGCACAAGAAAGAGUCUCUUUCUACUUCUCUUAUGACAAAGUUAUAUUAAGUUAGGUUAAUGUCAAGUUAGAAUUCUCUGCAGAUUUGUCAGCAAAUCUCAUCAUAGAAGUUUUCAGGAAGUUAUAUAUCUUAAAUUAUAUGAAUAUUCAUAAUGGAUAACAUGACACCAGAUAACUCUUCGGAUGAGGAUGAUCCAUAUGCAAAUUUUGCUGGUCGCUUAAAAGCAUUAAAAGAAAAACGAGAGAAACUUUCUGGAGAGAUAGAGAAUUUUUCCAUCGACAUUAAACGGCAAGAAAAUGGUGAAGAAGAAACUGGCAAAGAAAUAAAUGGUAAAGAAACAAACGGUGAUGAUAUACAAAUACAAAGAAUACAAAGGAGGAUGGUAAGAAGUAAAAGAAAUAAAGGUAUUACUACUCGUGCUACUGUUAGGCAAACUAGGGGAAGGCAUCCGCCAGUUGAUAAUCUAGAAUAUGACGUGGAAAUCGUUUCGCUGGAAGAGAAGCCUAAAUCAAUCCCUGAAAUCUGUAAUAAUGAUGUAAUUGCACUGUCAGAUGAUGAGGUUUCCAUCAAAGAUGACAAUUAUGAAAUGAAUAUUAAAGUGUUUUGGAGGUCAAACAGAAUUGAUCGUUUAAGUAUGCAUAGGCAUGACAAUUUCCAAGGAGUUUUUCAAUAUUAUGCUGAUUUAGAAAAAGUUUCUGUGAAUGAAAUUCUAAUCAUGAAAAAGGAUAAAAUCGUUAAUCGUACUGAUACUCCAGCAUCGCUCAAACUUUCAGUUAUAGAUAUACUUGAUGGUGGGAUAGUGCACCCAAGUAUGAAUACAUUGUCAGAGGAUAAAAAUAACGACGACAACAACGACGAUAUAUGUACUAUUAAAGUACAAACGGCCAACAAAAAGCAAUCGUUGACUAUUCCGCUUAAAAAGGAUCAACAAUUUAAGGCGUUAUUCUCUAAUUGUGCCGAGAAACUUGGUAUAAAAGAGAGUAACUUGAAGUUUUAUUUCGAUGGAGAACAGAUAAGGCCAAUUGAUACUCCGGAAUUAUUAGAUCUCGAAGGAGAAGCAUGCAUCGAUCUUCAUAUCUCUACAUAAUAUGUAAUAAAACCAUACCAAAUCUUUUAUACAAUUUAGCGAAUCUCUUAUAUAAUUUUCUUACUUGCAGUCGUUAAUUGUACUAUAUAUCAUAUUAUCUUAUUAAUAUUUAAUUAUACAAGUAAAUCAUAUCAAUUGCAAAAAUAUACAAGUCUCAAUCUAGUAGAACAAAGGAUAUAAAUCGACUUUUCAGAUAAAUAUCAAACUGCGUUUAAAUUAUCAACAGUAACUGCCAAGCAGAUUUCAAGAUAUUUUUAUUUAUUCGUGCAUGCUGCGAUAUAUUGUCCAUAUGUAUAAUACGAAACAUAGUACCUACUAGUUUUGCAAGAGUAUAUAAUGAGUGUAGGUUUAAGAAUAUAUAACAUUCAACGAACAUACAGUAUUGCAGCAAACAAAAAUAUUGAAUAAUUAUAUACACAUAUAUUUAUGUAUAAUUAUUUGCUAUAUGCCAUAAGCUUAAAAUACAUACCAAUACGAUGUUGCGUCACAUUAUACUCUUGUAGAACUACUCUUCAAAGGUACUCUAAUACAUUAACAGUGAAUAAUUUACUCAUAAUUAAUACAUUAUUAUAUUUAUACAUAAUGUACAUGAUAACAUACUGAUAUGUUCUAUAUGUAUAUAAAUGUGUAUCAUAUUUAUAUACAUAUAAAGCACAUUCUAUAUAUUGUAUGAUACUGCAUAAUAUACCGACUGUAUUA